AUGGGUGAUCAGGAAGAAGAAAGGGUACCUGAUGCAGGAUCUCCCAGUAGAAAAUUAGAGUUGAAAGUUCCAUCAAGAGGUUUAGGUAGUAGGAUGAGGCCAUUAAGUGGUACUAAGCUAAGAACGAGACAUGUUAGUGGGAGAGCGCUUUUUGGGGGCCGAUACAAUGAAACACCGGUAUUGAAUAUAUCUACACUUGAUGAUCAUAGAAAGUCCCUUCAGUAUAUAAAGUCCUUGAUUUCGAAGGGCCGACAGAUUUUGAAGUCUGCUUCCGAAGAUGACAAAAAAGCCUUCACUGAGAUACGAGAGUUUCAAAGAAGGGAAACGAUAAGGAAUAAGAUUGUAGAUAAGAUAUUAACUACAGAUUAUGAUACCCUUACCAGAACAACAAACACAGAAAAUCAUGUUGCAUUUGAUAGCUCUGAUGUUGUAAUACCAGAUGAGAACGACUCUCAAAAUUUACUUGAAGAUGACGGCGAACAAGGAAACAUCAAUGACGGUAGAUCCGGAAGUGAAUCUGAAAUGGAGAUGGGAUAUCAUUCCGAAGAUUGCGAUGAUUAUGAAGGUGUAAUUAAUGAUGUUGAAGGCGACGCUCCAAUUAAAAAGUUGGAAACCCAAGCAAGCAAUGAGUCAAUAGUUAUACUUACAGAUGACGAAUCGGUAGUUAAUGAAUCUUUUGAAUAUGCAGAAGACAUUCAGUCUACUGAGUUUCAAUCGGAUACAGAUCAAAAGAAAUUACCAUCUGAUUAUGAAGCUCAAAGUAAUGAUGGACACCAACAUGUGAAUAAUGAAGAUAAUGAUCAUAAUAUGUAUGAUGAUUUGUUUGAAGAAGAGGGUCCCUCGUUUGGAAGUAAUGACAAUAGAGCUCUAAAGGUCAAUAGCGAACGACUACUAGAGUAUGAAGAUUCUAAACAUCUAACUGACAUACUACAUGAUCCACUGAGUUACCAUUUCCAUACAGAAAAUCAUACAGAUAUACAAAAUGAAGAUGAUCAUGACAACCAAGACAUUUCUGAAGAAAAUAUGAGCGUGUCUGAUAACGGAGAUUCUGACACAUCACAAAACAACAUAGACUUCAAACAAUAUAUGCAACCCAGGAAUAAAAGUUUGUUAAAUGACAAUGUCCAUUCAUCAAGUGAACAAGAAUUUGACCACCCAUCAGACAAAUAUUCGAAUGUUGAACUGAUUAUUGAUAGUGAAGAUGGUAGUGAUCAACAUGUAGCUGACAAAUUUGACAGUGAUAUUGAUGAUAACCAUGAAUACGGUGAACUUGUAAGUGAUAACAGUAACUCAGAGUCCGCUACAGAAGAUGACAAUAGGAUUGAAAACAUGGAGUAUAUUGACCAAAAUAGAGCUUAUUCAGAUCUAGAGGAUGGAAAGGACUUUCCUAUGGCCAGUGAUCACCAAUAUCGAACCGAAGCAAUUGACUAUGAGAAGAUGUCGCAAAAAGAAGAUGAACUUAAACAAUUUUUACAUGAAAUGGCAGAUUUCCAAAGUAUUGCAAAUGAUGCGUUAAAUGAAAUCCAGGCUAGCAAUAAUGGUGAACGAAUAGAAUUAACUAAGACAGAUGAAAUCGAUUCGGACCGUAAUUCCAGUAAUUCUACGAAUGAUGAAGACUCAGAUAAUGAUCAAACUCAAUAUCAUUCUUUCAUUCAUGAAUAUAAUAUAAAUUCUCAGAGUGCAUCAAAUCAUACAAAAGAAAACUUGCUGAACUACAAAGAAGCUAAAAAUACUUCAAAUAUUACAGUAAAUGAAGAAUUAGGGGAAGAAAAUGAACAUAAAGAUGAUAUUGAGCAAGACAAUUCGACAAUUACUGAUAAUGUCAAUACAGAAAGCUCUUUUAACUCAGAUGAUAAGAAAGAGAAGGAUAAAAAGUUAGUGGCUUUGUUGAUUCACGAUUCCGAAUACAGUUCCAGUAGUGAGGAUGAAUUGAAUGAAUCUGAAAACCCUAUUGUUUAUACUUCGGCAUUUUCUACCAACCCUUUUACUCUGGAAACUGAUAGCAUUAGAGAUUUAGAUUUUUCCAAAUACAUUCAAUCUGAUAGCGGCAAUGAGUCAAAUGCUGGCGACAGUACUGAAGGAUUAAAAAUUCAGAAACCCCAAGUAUACACAGAGUUUGAUCGCACUCAUCUUUUUAAUCAUAACUCCGAAACUGCAAGCGAUCAGAGUCAUUCUCAAACUAAAUGCAUAUCCCAGGAAGAAGGCAAUGUGAGCCAUAUUGAACAUUCUAGUUCCAUUGGAAAUACAGAAAACUUACUAAAGUAUUCCCCAUUAUAUGAUAACUCCAUAAACAGUGGUCUACAAAUUAAGGAAGACAAUCACAGUGGUCAAGACUUGGACCUCAAUGUGGAAGUUGGUGUAGAGGAAGAAUCAAUACCUGAAAACUCUGAAUUGCACACCACUUCCAUACCUGAAAUGUCUUCUAAACAUUUUAAUAUGGCUAAUGAACUUGAAAUAUUGAAUGACACUGAAUUGGCUAAACAAAAUAAACCAUACAUGAGUCUAUCUCCUCAACCACUAGAAGAAAGCAACCAACAGGAGAUUAGUAGAAGCAUUCACAUAGAAGAUUUCUCAUCCUUAAAGACUUCAGAGAGAGGACAACUAUCCGCAAAUUUAGAGAUAAAUAUCGACUCUAAUUCUCCAUCUCCUGUGAUUGAUCAGAAACUAGAUCUAGAAGGUUCCAGAUCUGGAAGCAAUUCUGAUAUAGAGGAUAACACAAAAUUUGAGGAAGUACCAGAAACACAAAGGGUUGAAAAUGAGAUUGAUUCAAGAUAUAAGAAUUCAAUCAACAGUGAUUCUGGAGUAGAAGAUUUUCGUAGUAUAUCUGUUCUAUCAAAUAUGGAAUUACCUAAUAACUUGGAAGAUAAUAUCACAUCGAAGGAUACUCUUGUUAUUGAAGAAUUUAAUAAGUCUGAUCUGUUUUUGGAAAAGGAAACUUCUAAUUCUGGGGAUAAUAUCAAACUGGACACUGUGGAUGAAAAAACUGUAAGUUCAACCAAUAGUUUAAAGAGGAAGAGAGAGGAUCCGGACUUCAUAAUGAGCAAUGAAUACCAUGACAGGAGCCCAUUAAAGCUAAGAAAAUUAUCUUCCACCUCAAGUAGUUUUUUCUCUACCGUGAAGUCGGUAUUUUCAGUUGCUAAGUUAUUUUUUAAGAAAAUGGAGCUUGAAGAGCUUAUAGAUAUUACUGAUAAUACCACCGCCGAUGAAAUAAUGACGCCGGACCAGUACCAGACUGAAAGUGAGGUGGAAAAUUAUCUCUCAUCGGAUAAAGAGUCACGUACUACAUCAAAUAAUGACAUGAUAAAAUCAAGUGAUGAUUCCAUCAAUAAUGACCUUAAUUCGACAGAUAUCCCAUCAAGUAUAGAGCAUACUGAGGAUAACAAAGAAAAUGGUAAUAACAAUGUGAUUUUGAAACAAUUACAGAUACUGGAGAGGUUAUCUAAUGGAAUUAGUGGCCAGUAUGACUCGAUUGAUAUUGACGAUACCCAACUAGAUGAUAUUGAAGAAGAACCUGAUUUGAUUGAAUCGGAUUCCAGUAUUGAAAUUCCACUGAAUCCGAGCAAAUUAUACAACUUGGAAAGUGAUACAAAUGUGGUUCUUAACGAUAUCUCAAUAACGGAUAGUGGUAUUACAACGCCAUUUGAAUCAGACAUUGAGGGAGAAACUGAUAUAUCCGGUACUAUUGCGAACAACGAUAUUAACUCUACAUUUGAUAAUGGUGGUGAUCAAGGCAUUGAACCUAAAGUUAUUGAUCAAGUGGAGGGUGAUCAGCCAGCAGUAACAAGUAAUAUUACGGAAGAAUCAAUCGGUCAAUCAGAUUCUACUGAUCUUAAUGGUAUAACCGAAAACAUUAAAGAAAGUGGAGAAAACAGAGGAGCUGCAGGAAGUUCUGAAGAACCGGAGAAAAUAGUAAAUGGUGAAAAUGUUACUAAUGCUAAUAGAAAAACUGAGGAACUUAAUCUGAAAGAUGAUAUCAACAACUCUUCUGAACCAAUUGCUGUUAGAGUUCAUAGAGAAGUUGAUUCCGAACUUAAAUAUAUCGAUCAUAAACCUGAGCCAUUGGAUACAACCGCUAAAAUUGAAGAACUUAAAGAGAUGCACUCAGGUGAAAACAAUGAAGAUACCAACAAAAUAGUAAUAUCCUCUCCCAAACAAGUAAAAAAGAAAAAAAGGAAUACUAAGUCUAGAACUAGAUCAAAAUCGAUUACUAAUUCCCCCAAACGUGUGAAUUCUAAAAGAAAUAGUAGAAGUAGUAAAGCAGAGAGUAAUGUAAACCCUUCUAUUGGGGAGGGGACUUCAAAAUCGAAAUCCAACAAAAGAACUACUCGAAGCACUAGAAGAAUGUAUACCCGUUCUCAGAAAAAAUGA